AUGACACCUUCGCUACAAUGUGAUCAAAAUGUCAUGACCUUCACUGCCUCUGGAGGAGGAUUCACAAACCUGUUUGUAGGCAGUGAUGAAGGUGUAUCUAUCUCACUCUUUGACCUACCCUCCCUCUGCGGUUACACUGUGAAGACUUCAUGGGGUGGUCUCGAGCUGACGGUGCCAUACGAUUCGUCAUGUUAUAUUACACAAGAGGAUGGUAAAGUUGUCCUUCCACUGGAAUGGUGGGGCAGUCCUCUGAAGCUGUCCUGUCCCAUCUGGAGACCCUUACCAGCUCCCACUGUGUACUGCUCUCCCAAUGGUAUGGUGCUUCACAUUGUUGGUCAGAAGGAAGAUUUGCCAACAUUGGGAUUUAAAGUGGAAGGGCGAUGGGGACCACUGGUGACUGAUGAGUGUGCUAGUCUUGUUAUUGCCCACCCAGGGGAGAUUUUCUUGUUCAUAUUGACCUCGGCCUUAUGUAUUACCGUUGAACAUGGAGUGCACUUAUGGCUUGUCAUGGACGAGCUGGAAUACACUGUGUCCUGUCCCGAAUUCCCUCAUGUUCCUCCGUUAUCUCCUUAUGGACCGGUCACUCCUGCUCCUCCAUCUUUCCCUCCUUUUCUGACUCUGCAGACGUUGAACCCCAUCUACCUGAAUGCAAAACUCCCUCACAUCCAUGCACCACAACCUCUCCAAACCGUGGAGGUGCCCUGCCCUCUCACGACCCCAGCUCCCCCUCCCUACACACCACCUCCGUACACACCACCUCCCUACACACCACCUCCGUACACACCUCCUCCAUACAGACCACCUCCGUACACACCUCCUCCAUACAGACCACCUCCAUACUCACCUGCUCCUCCGUUCACCCACAAACCUGAAGUGCACUGCUCUCUUCAUCACAUGACUGUGAUAUUUCCUUCUGGGACCAGUCUGGAGCUCUUUGUCAAAGAGUGCAACCUUCCUCCAGAGCAUCGCCUCCCCUGUGGGCUGGGCUCAGUCUCUCAACCACAGUGUGUUUCUAUGGGCUGUUGCUUUGGAAAACACCAUCCUGCCUGCUACUACCCCAUGGACGAGUGCACUGCGGACAGACACUUUGUCUUCUCGGUGCCUGCUUUCCUCACGGAGCCACCUCUGUCUCUCACUUCUCUUGUUGCUGGGGGCAACCCGUCCUGCACCCCUCAGAAAGUAACGUCAGACGAACGUGCUUUGUUUAAGGUGCCUAUGGACGCCUGUGGAGCACGUAGAAUGCAAGUCGGAAAAACGCUGAUCUACAUUUUAGAAGUCAACAACAUAGUUAAAAGUGUCAGCCUCAACUAUGGCACAAUCACAAGAGACUCCCCUGUUCGACUUUUGGUGGAGUGCAGAUUUCUCCCAGGCAGUGCACUUACUGUCAGCUAUAUGGUCAAAACGCCAACUUUGGGACCUGGUAUUCAAACUCCAGGAGUGUUUGGAGUCCAGAUCAGGAUCGCUAAGGAUUCCCAGUAUAAGAGCUACUACCCACAGUAUCACCAGCCUCUGCAGAUGUUGUUGGGUAAACCGCUUUACCUGGAAGUGCGAUUGCUCAACUCCCCUGAUCCCAGCUUGGUGCUGCUGGUCCACUACUGCGUGGCCUAUCCUCGCUCUGGGAAGGCCAUCUGGGUGUUGCUUUAUAACGGAUGCCCAAAUCCACUGGAUCCUCAGCCGAACAAGAUCAUCUCAAAUCCUGAAGUUCCAGCUCGUGCUCAAACUCGUCACUUCACAAUCAGCACAUUCCAGUUUCUUCCUGAUGGAGAGUUUAAGGAUUCAAAUGAAGAGUUACGCAGAAGACGCUUCGUGUUGGUAGAAAUCAUGAGCUGGUAA